CGUAUAGUCUUUAAACAGACUGUUGGGGCAAGUGCUGUCAGCGAGCACCUGUGAAGGCCGGCACGGCGCACGAGGGGGUGGGACACACACACAUCAACGCACGAGUUCACGCAUCUUCUUACGCGCACAUUCAUCCACCAGUCGGGUCGAGAACGCGUCUCGUCAACGACGUCUCGUCGUGUCAAUCCAUCUGCUGUGCACUUGCAAUAUGGUUAUGUAGACGCAUCUAGCGGAUGCUCGUUGAGUCUCGUAGCCUCAACUGGAGUCGUGUCGAGAGAUCACUUCCCGCGGUCGUGUGUACGCGUCGAGCAGAAUGGUUCGCAGAAAGAAUCUCCCAUUAAGAAAUGUGUUGGAUGCACCGAAUACUGAAGCCGCAAGUUCAGAGAGAACCAAAAUACGCGCAAGUUUAAAGGAAACUACAACCGAUGGGGUGGAUGGACAACUGAGGUCAAGACUUGUGAAUUCCAAGAGAGCACAACAGAAGCAGAUUAAUCCCAAGGCAGGCCCAGAGGGGGAUUCCCAAGCAGUCAUGAUGGAAACAAGUCUUCUGUGUGUUGCAGCAGAGACCUGUUUGCCAAAGACUUGUGAUUUUUUUAUUGGUCAAGCCGAGAUGAAAAGAGAGGACAGUACGGGCAAUUGUCCGCCAGUGAAGCAUGAAGAGGUCGCUGCUUUCUGCAAAACAUACAGCCCUGAAUGUACAAAACAAACACAGGAGAAGUUAACUUCAGACGGUGGAGUGAAUGACUCUGAACAGGCAGAAAUCGCAGCCGACGACACUCAAAGAAAGAGCGAGCCAGACUCGACCACUAGCACAACGUGCAAAGUAACUACCGCCGGCAAAGACGACGAAGCCGACGAGGUUGGCGAACGGCCUUCCCCAAAGUCCCCUGACGACGACGUCAAGAUCACGGUAAAGGCGGACGAUGUUGGCACUUCCCCAACGCCGGAGCUGCAAGACUUCACUUGCAGUGCCUGCGGCUACAGUUACUAUGGCAACGAUCCCACUGACCUCGUGAAGCACUUUCGCAAAUACCACCUAGGGCUGCACAACCGCACACGGCACGACGCGGACCUGGAUAGCCGAAUCCUGGCGCUGCACCGCACGGGCCGCCUUUUGGAGACGAGCGAAAUGUUGGGGCUCGCUGGCCACGCCGAUAAACUGAAGAUUGCAGUCAUCCAGAAGACGACCACCUCGUCCUCGAAUGGUUCCUACGAUGUGCAGGUGGCGAUACAGGGCACCCUUAUCGGUAUUGGGCGGAAGACUCCUGACUGCCAGGGCGACACAAAAUACUUCAGGUGCAAGUUCUGCAACUUCACGUACAUCGGGAGCGCCCCGGCGGAGCUGGAGAGCCAUGCCCUCUCCGUGCAUCCCAGCAAGCUGAAGUUGUCCGCCGAAAAUCCCAACGAUGACCACAGGAGAAGCAACGCAGCCGCAGACUUAGACGCCGACGGGCAGAUUUUGGAUGGUCCCGUUGCGGCGAGUCAAAAUGCGCGAUGUGAAAAUGUUGAGCAAGCGUCGGCAUCUGAAGGUCAGGGUUUGUCGCACCUGCCCGCUGCAGGUGGCACGUCCAGUGCCGCCGCUGAACAGAGCGACGAUUCCCUUCGGCGUCUCCAAUGCAGGUUGUGUAGUUUUGCCUGCGAGGGUGGCGACGGUGAGAAGUUGAUGUGCCACUACCGUGAAAUCCACGGUGAUACAUUUUCAGGACCGUCUGCUGAGAAACAGGAGGAAGCGACGGAGGGGGCCGUGAUGGAUGAAGUUGUUCCGGUGACAGAUGGUCAAGGCUGGCUCGCCGACGGUAACUCGUCCGUUAUAAAAGGCCCCGGGCGAGGAGACUCCAGAACCGUGACGCCAACACACACCGCGCUGCCGGAGGGCAAAGAUGGUCUUAAUCAGGAGACCUGCCCGGACCAACCACUGGAAAUCUCCGUGCAUUACGAACGUCGUGACACUUCAUAUCAGUGCACAAAAUGUAUAUUUACAUCACCCACCGAGGAGGGACUUGCUCGGCAUUGCAGAAAAAUUCACGGCGUCAUGAAAUGCCAACACUGCGAUUUUGUUGCUGAAGAUGCGCCCUCCCUUGAAGAACACUUCCGAAAAGUUCCCCUGCAUGUAAUUUGCAUGAGCCAGGUGUCACCCGUUGCGGUGGGGCCAGAGAGCGCUAUCAAGUCCGAGCAUUCGGCACUCUAUACCAAUCUGCUCGCCACAUGGGCCACAUCUGGCUUCUCCUUGGUGGCGCCUGUUAAGAGCGAGAAGCCGUGCGAUCUGACAGGUAACGGCUUAAGCCUGCAGUCAAACAAGCUCAGCGCGAGGUCUUUAAACAAUCUUCUCGGCACUCGGGGAUCUGGAUCGUCCGGUUCAGAGCACGGGGUAAGCCUUCGACAGCUCGAGAGCUCCGCAUCGAAAACGGUCCUCAAGAACGUUUUGACGGCGCAGAGCGCCGCACGAGGUUACUUCGCGACGAGGCAGUCGAUGACGCAGUUCGUCUCGCCACAUUUAACCUCCGACCUCAGCGCCAGGACUCAGAACUUUAAGGGCCACAAUGUGGCUCCUGUGGAGGACGGAGGCAGCGUGAUGUCCGGCAUGGAUUUCAUGACCUUCCCAGCUGCGGAUGGUGAAAAAUCCAGGGAGGAGCUCCCAUCACUCAGAAGGAAGAGAGGGCAGGGGCUGUUUUGUGUAAACUGCCUCACAACCACGACGACACUCUGGAGGAAGAACGCCGGCGGUGUCUACGUUUGCAAUGCCUGUGGCCUCUACGAAAAACUGCAUUCUGCACCUCGACCGUUGAGCAUCAUCAAGCAAAAUAACGGAGAGCAGAUAAUUAGACGCCGCACCCGCAAGCGGACGCUGCCAGACCCUCCGCACGGAGACCAGCAUUCUGGGAUGAGCGGCAAGCAGAAAUGCCUCUCCGGCAACAGCACUCACAACAGCGACGGCCAUACCGCUGAAAACAGGAUGGCAAACGGUGCCUUAAGCUGGGAGAAGGGGCCGCAGAGAGCCUCACCUGGACAUCCUCCCAAAGUGCCAACAUCCUUGAGCAGGAUUCAUGCGUCUGCAAGCCACGUCCACGUGCCUACGUCCGCCGUCAUUACGGCGACUUCGCCCGCUGACCUUAGCAUCCAGAGCACAAAGCCAGACCCGUUCCACGGAGGUUCGAGCGACGGCGACGGCGUUCCGAACUGGCGGGAGGCACGGACGGACUCCGCCGCCCCUGCGGAGAGGCAGCACCCUCUGGGGCGCGUGUGCUACGUGAGCCCGCUGGAGGAGCGCGAGUCUCUGUCUCGGGGCAGUCCCAUCGAGAAGUACCUUCACCGGCCGCACUGCACCCCGCCGGGGAGCCCCAUAGAGAAGUACCAGUACGCCUCCACGGCCGCCGGCGCUGUCCCCACCGCCGCCCUGCAGGCAGCCCUGUCCGGCACCAUCUACCCGCUCAACGGGGAGUGGCUGCGACUCUGGAGCAAGUACAGGAUGAUGAUGGCGGCCAACCCGGAGAGCUACGUUGGCGGAUUUCCGGCCGGCCAGGCACCCAUGCACCUCUCGGACUGGGAGGCGUACGCCUCCUAUUACCGACUGGGCGCUCACCUGAGCGGCGCGGGGGCGAGCGACGGGCCCCUCGAUCUCGUGGUGAAGAAAAGGAAGACGUCGACGCCCGACAGGGGCGUCUCGGCGAGAUCCUUUGCCGCGGCCAGGCGGGAGAGCCGGCCCGCCGGCUCGGCGGCUCCGGCACCGCCGCCGCCGCCGCCUGCCGCAUCGCGGCCGAGGACGGUGGAGAGGGGCACGCAGGACGGCUGCUCGACAAAGUGCGCUCGCUGCGGGAUCAUCUUCCAGGACGAAGUGUUGCACACGCUGCACAUGAGCUGCCACGGGGACGAGGGCCCCUUCCAGUGCAGCAUUUGCCAGCACAAGUGUCUCGAUAAAUACGACUUCACCGUGCACAUCCAGCGUGGCCUGCACAAGACCUCGCCUGCGGUGCCUUUGCCGCAGAGGCCUGGCAGCCAGUGAAAAGGACACGGCUUCUCGUUCGGGUUUACUUGACAAAUCCUGCUUUAAAUUUUGAUUUAAAGCUUUCGUGACUGCAGUAAUUCAUAUUCUUAGUUCUUUCGGUAAAGUCACGAAAGAACUAAGAAUAUGAAAUCCUGCCUUUAAAUCCUGCUUUUUAAGGUUAUGCCCAUUUCAGACGGCGCGAGGUAAUUCGUAGAGCAACCGUCAAAUAAAUCGACACUAAAUUGGCCACUUUUGUACGGGCAUCUUUUGAAAUUCCCCUAAAUUGUAUAUUUUUUUUUUGCAAACAUCCAAGUAUUUUGUUGGAUAAUUGCAGAUUCAACUUGCACUCCGCUUCUGCAUUUGUAAGAGUUGGCUCUCAUCGCAACGGCAGCUAUUCAAGAUUUGUCAAGUAUUAAUUUUAACGAAAAUUAGAAUUGAUACAUUGUACCGUUAAACAAAACAUUACUUUAAGACUUCAGCAUCGCUAGAUACCGCUGCGCCCGAUUGGGCGAUAAGGCUUCAGUUACCAAUGUAUUGCAUUAAAACAAUGAUUUGCUAAAUAUCAACAUUUUUUCGGAUGCGGCUGUAGGCAGUAGCAGCUGCCACGAAUGCCAUUCUGCGAGUGAAUGGAGAGUUACCAGUGCCUUUGUAAAGCAUAUUGGGUCAAUACUGCUCUCGAUGGGAGUUUACAAAAUAGGACAGCGAAAGCCGUCUUUGAGAAUUGUCUUUGUAUCACCACAGCACGGCUGAUCGGGGCCGAGCUCGGCGAUCGGCAGGGGCCGCUCGUGUUGUCGUGCGUAACACUGUUUGGCCACGAGAGAAGAAGAGCGCUCGCGCGCGCCGUCACAGUUAUUUUUGUACGUGCGUAUCGUGGGACGCUGCCCCCGACUGCAGUUGCCAAUGGUUCGCACGAGCUCGUACUGGGGUGCCCGCCCGCCCGCCCGCCCGCCCGCCCACCUCUCCGCUUUGCACACCGUGGGCCUCUGUGCUUGUACGUGCGCAGCCCGUCGCUCUUGUGGCGGCGGUGUGAGCUAAGGCCCCGUUGACUAUUUGUACUCUUUAGAAGUAAGCAUGCUAAUGAACCGGAUUUUUGUUCGUGCUAUAGUUCACGUGAUGCACAGUGGUCGCUUGUUCGCACGAAUACUUGCGCAAGGGCUGUUACAACCGCGACAGGUAAGGGAUGAUGUUACGUGCUGUCCAUGCCGUUUUUGGGGUGGAAGUAAUUGCGAGAAUCGUGAGUGCUGAGCACGUUGUUGAGUGCUUGUCAGCAUCCUCCCUGAACUCUCUCUCUCUCGCUGGUGACGGUGCCCGAGUCUCCCGCGUGCUGUAGUCAAAUGCGUGCUAGCAGUCGCGUGUAAUUUAGCCGACGGGCAAUGCUGUGGUUUUUUUUGCGUUACGCACAUUUGCCGAAAGGCACCAGAACCUUUUUGCCGCCCUGUGUGCUUGUUUUGUUGUUGUUGUACAGGGAAUACAAAUGCAAUGCAAAAAAAAAUCGAUCAUCGUUAUUUGGCAAGAGUGUAAUGCAAACGGCUGCAUUUAACGUCCGGUGACAACACGUUAAGAAGUCGAUCGUUAUACGUUACACUUGCUUACAAGUACCCAAAGCCACGCAAAGUAUUGCUCUUCUGUUAUCAUUUAAGAUGGAGAGCGAUCGGUUUGAAUUUGGUGAAAUAGCAUCUUCUGCAGCGAUCACUCAAGCUUAACUUGCCAAUCAAUAUCUUUUUCAUCCCCUCCUUGUGGUUGAAGCAUAUCUGUUUUUUUUAGUUAUUUUGUAGGAAUUUACUCAAGCAGACAAUUAUACGAAGUUUACAGUGUGCAAGGAAAACAUUUAGUAUAUGCAAAUGAACGUAUUCACAUGAAAAUGCAACAGGAUUGCACUGUACAAUGUAUUAAAAUAUAUACAUAUUUAGUUUUUAUAUAUAUCUUUAAAACAAUCCACAUUUUUCCACAGAUUUUGUACUGCUGUUCAAAAGCAUGUCUUUGGAACUAAAUUAUUUUGUAAUGCUAUUGCCAAAAUACAGGCCCCUUUGAUAUUUCUGCCGUUUGACAUACCAAUAUUUAUUUAAGCAAAUCUUAAGUUUAGCUGGUCUAUAGUGCACAUGACUGUUUUACUAUAUAUAUCGAUAUGCAUGUGUAAAAAACAAAAUGCACAUUCAACAUAUAUAUUGAAGCCUGUAUUUUGAGCACAAAAUACUCUCAACAUUCCAAACAUUCACUUUUCAAAAUCUGCAAGUUCUCGUGGAAUGCAUGUCACCAUUGCAAAAUAAUACACGCACAUCAGUUGUAUUUUAAUAAAUAAGACUCCGUGUAUAUCUUCAUCCUGAGCCCAGAAUAACAUAUGUAUAACAUUUUAUUACAUUCAUAUUGUAUUGCCUCUCAGUCUUAACGUUUAAAAAAAUAUAUAUACCUGAUAUGUAUGCAUGUGCCAUGUUUACACAAUUGGCGAUACAUACUGGAUUGUAGUUUGAAUUGAGACCCACUGGGGGGUCUGCCGUAUAGAUUCUAACACGGACCACGUGCGGCAAUAGGGAGGGAAUUGUUGUUACAUUGGUUAAAAGCACACACACACACAUUGCAGUUGCGAUUACUUUAUAUUGAUGUGCGUAGAGUACAUACUUUUCAAAAUACUAGCUACGUAAAGUAUACUGUAUUUUACUUCUUUUGUUAUUUUUUUGCACAGAGGAAGUGUUUGUUUUAAUGCAAGCUGGCUUGGUCUCUUCCCCCCCCCCCCCCCCCGAAAGGUACUCUUUGUUAUUGCAGCUGCUUGGUGCAUUUUCAGCAUUUCUUUCUAACUUUUUAGUGUAAUACGUGUCAAAUGUUGAAAACAUUUUAAUGCUUUUGUUUAUUCUUAACAGUGCCUGUCGAGUACUGUAGGAUUUACAAUAUGUUAAUUAAAAACGUUUUUUUUUUAUUAAACUAAAAAUGUCACUUGUGUGAUCUGUUUGCACUGUCAUGCUUGCACUCAAAACACGGUUUUUCGCAAACCGACAAAAAGUAAGCGCAAAACUCGUCCCAUCCGGGAGGCAUUGCUGCCCAGGCAAUAAACUAAAGAGCACACAUGAGAGUGAUGGGUAAGGAAGGGAGAGCAAUUUAAGGAAUUGGCCAAGCAUCGCAAUGCAGAUCCCUCCCGAGAAGUCCUUGAGAAUCGGCGCGGUGUUCGCGGAACAACAAAUUACACUUGAUGCUAAAGAAUGAUCCUUGUGCGUAACAAAGACAAAUAUCACCCCUGUGGCCGUGACUGACUGUUGGGGCAAGUGCUGUUAGCGAGCGCCAAUGAAGGCCGGAAGGCCACACCAGGGGGGUGGGGUUGCCAGCAUUACACCCGGUCGCUUUUGUCUCUUGAAUGGCGAUGAUUACACACCGCACCAGGUACUGAUUUGUUUCGUGAAUGGCGAUGAUUACACACCGCACCAGGUACUGAUUUG